AUGUCUGGUAUAAAUAACUUUACUAUAAAUAAAACGAUUAUGUAACAGUAGCCUUUAAUUCAGUUUUAUAUUAGAUAGCGGAGAGAAAGGAUUCAAAUUUUUAAACUGUUUAUCACUGUUAAACAAUUAUGGAUCUAGCUAAAUUCAUCUGUUUUCUCUACAUUUUUGCAUGGCUGUUUGCAAUGGCCUCAUUUUUAUUACCAUACUGGAUAUCGGGGGAGAUAGAUGCUGCGGUGAGAAAUGUCACAGUUGUGAAAGAGGUCGACAGCGGACUCUUGUGGAAACGCCAGACUUACUACAUGAAGGCGGACUCCAUUCCAGACUCCGAUGACUCAUUUGCAGAAAUUUCUGGCACUUACUUAUAUACGGAAGCUGUUAAGAUAGUACUUGGGUUGAUGAUAACGGGCCUGGCGUUGCUGUCAAUUAGCCUGGUGUCCUCUGUUUACCUUCUGUGUUGUUAUAACGAAGAAAAAAGUGGCAAACACGUGGCAAAAAUAUUCAUAGCCAUAGCAGCCCUGACGAUUCUAGCAGGCGGUUUCAUUGUUAGCGGACCUGUUAUAUAUUAUGGUCAUGUGAUAGGGGACUACGGGGUCAAGAAAAUACAUCUUGGUGCGAGUUGGUGGUUAGCUGCGAUAUCAGCUGGGAUAACCUUUAUGGCAGGGCUUCUGAAUGUUUGUCAAUGUAUACACUCACGUUGUUCUGUAAAGUUUCAGUCGAAAGUGUAGUCCAAGAUUUGUUUGUAAUAAACAGUAUUAAACACAGCUGCUCGUUUGAAAUAUUAACAAUUGUGAAAACUGUUAAACAGUGGUGAAAAUUAUACAAUUAUAAUUCCCAUGGUUCAACGAGAAAGCAGCAGUUGGCGUGAGGUGUUUCACAGAAGUCUGUGUUUCAAGUAACGUACACUUCGAACAUUCAGAAAUGCGCUGAUUGUUGUGCAUUUUUCAACAUUUGCCACGUGACUACGCUCUUACCAUUCGUAAAAUUCUGCAUGAUAAAAUUCAUAAAAUGUUCUCUAUUCCAUACCAUAAACGUAUAUUUUGAAUACCAAAUUACAAUAAUAUCCAACACCAUCAUAUUAAUUUCAUAGAUGACGACAUCUGUUAUAAGUAUGGUCUUGUAUAGAAUCUAGUCUGAUGGGUACUGGAGCAUAUGUUAGCUCUUCUUUGUGGUAAAAAUGAUGAAUGCACAGUGGUGUCUUGUGUUUAGCAGGCACUGAAUCAUAAAAUACUUGGUGCUUGUACGGUUUAUUUUAUUUGCCGCAACUUGCAUAGAUAACUUCUACAUUAAUUUGUCAUGUAAUAUGUAGUUUUUGUCUUACGGUAUUUCUUGUCUCUUUACAUGUUUUGAAUAUAUUGUUUAUUAUUUGUAAGUUGUUUUGAUAGAAAAUAAAAUAUGGAGAAAAAAAAAUGUCAACUUGAAUAUUUUA